ACGACUCCCCUUCCUUAACCAGACAUACGCCGUGGGGAGGUCACCUUCAUAAAUAGUCAAAUAGUUCUAAACAGUGAUAGGAAACCCCGAAAUCUUCACGGCUCUGCGCAUGAGAGAAGCUCGUCUGACACCAGCGAGCCCCUCGGCUCCAGGUGAUGAUGGUUACCAUUGGCUGUAAAUCCCUGUAACAGACGUCUGCCGCAAUUCGCCGAUCCCAGAUUUCUGUGUCCUCCCUCCUGGAUCCUUUUAUUUUUAAUCAACUUCCCAAAGCCACCAUCUGGAAACCACCAUGGAAAUGGAGAAUUUGGCAGAUGGUGAAGAUUCCCACAUGUUAAACGGCAGCGUCUCCGAGAGCCUAAACACUGACAGAAUGACACUGGAUGAAGGGUAUGAGCCGGAAGAAGCUGCGAUUCCAGAACAGGAGGAGUUCUUACCCCAUGUGCCUAACCAGAAAACCCACUUUACAGAUUUUGAAGGAAAGACGUCGUUUGGCAUGUCUGUAUUUAACCUGAGCAACGCCAUCAUGGGCAGCGGAAUCCUCGGCCUGGCAUAUGCCAUGUCCAACACAGGCAUCAUCCUCUUUGUGUUUCUUCUGAUUGCCAUUGCCGUAUUGUCAAGUUACUCCAUCCACCUCCUUCUGAAGUGCUCGGGCGUUGUGGGUAUUCGUGCCUACGAGCAACUGGGACAACGAGCGUUUGGUUCUGGGGGAAAGAUUCUGGCUGCUCUGAUCAUAACAAUGCACAAUGUGGGCGCAAUGUCUAGUUACCUCUACAUCAUCAAGUCCGAGCUGCCUCUUGUUAUCCAAACCUUCCUUGGACUGAGUCGCAAUACUGGAGACUGGUAUCUGAACGGUAAUGUGCUCAUUAUCAUAGUCACCAUCAGCCUCAUCUUCCCGCUGACACUCAUGAAACAUCUCGGCUACCUCGGUUAUACCAGCGGCUUCUCCUUGACUUGCAUGGUGUUUUUCCUUUGUUCGGUGAUCUACAAGAAGACUGUUAUCUCCUGCCCCCUGAACACCACGAUGACCCAUCCUGUCUACACCAAUGGCCACAACACAACAGAGGGGGACAUCUCGGGUACCUUCGAGGACAUGUGCAUCGCUAAAUUAUUCACAGUCAACUCACAGACGGCAUACUCCAUCCCGAUUGUGGCUUUCGCGUUUGUGUGUCACCCAGAGGUCCUGCCCAUAUACACAGAGCUGCGCAGGGCCACCAAGUCACGGAUGCAGAAUGUUGCCAACGUGUCAAUCUUUGCCAUGUUUGUUAUGUACCUGAUGACGGCCAUGUUUGGUUACCUGACGUUCUAUGGUCAGGUGGAGCCGGAGAUGUUACACACAUACAGUAACGUGGAUCCCCUGGACAAGCUGAUGCUGUGCGUGCGCCUGGCGGUGCUGGUGGCCGUCACGCUCACCGUUCCCGUGGUACUCUUUCCAAUCCGGAGAGCGAUCCAGCAGCUCCUCUGCCCGGGACAGGACUUUCGAUGGUGGCGUCACAUUGUCAUCGCCACGUGCCUGCUGACUGUUGUCAAUAUUCUGGUCAUCUUUGUCCCCAACAUCAAGGAUAUUUUCGGUGUCAUCGGUGCCACGUCGGCCCCCAGCUUGAUUUUCAUUCUCCCCAGUAUCUUCUACAUCCGCAUCGUCCCCAAUGAAAAGGAAGCGUUGACAUCACGGCCGAAGAUCCAGGCUGCCCUGUUUGCAUCCCUUGGCUUCGUUUUCAUGGUAAUGAGUCUGAGUUUCAUCAUCGUGGACUGGGUGACGACGGGCAAAAGCAACGUUGGAGGACACUAGCCAGCCACUCUCCCCCUCUCUCCUUGGACAUGGACAUUAGGAGGGCACUCUGGCUCACCGA